AUGGAAUAACUCGAUAUUAAUACAGGGCAUCAUUUCAAUAGAAUACCUUUAGUUAGAAAUUAGUUUGAUCCCAGCAGACAUGAUAUUUUAUCAUUGAAUAAGGGAGAUUCAUAACCAUAGGUAAAUCUAGAGACCUAUGGAAAGGGUACAAGCAAAGAAGAAUAAGACUUUAUAAGAGCAGAGUUGAAAAAGAUUUUUAGCAUAACAAAGGACUAAUUCAAGAAAGAUUACCACCAGUUGCUAUAGACUGGCUAUGAUUAAGAUCUAUUAAACAAAAUAAUAAAAGCAUUUGAACUUCGAGAUUGGGGUAAGGAUUUUCCUGGGGCUUAGCCAGUGUCAUUUUAGUAAAAAGAUGUUUAUUAGUUGCAACAAAAUAAAUAUAUUGUAUGUGAAAAGACUGAUGGACUAAGGUAUUUCCUGAUUGAGACUAAUAAAGAGGAAUUCUUCAUUGUAGAUAGGCAGUUUAAUAUUAGGAAAGUAAAACCAAGAGAUUGUGAUUUUAGAUAAAAGAAAAACACUCUUAUUGUUAACAUCUUUGACGGCGAGUUAGUAUUGGAUAAAUUUUAGUAAGAUGUUCCAAUCUACCUAGUCUUCGAUGCUAUGCUAGUUAAUGGCUACAGCUGCAUGAUGUAGAAUUUCCAGUAAAGACUUAUAAAUGCUCAUAACGAAGUCAAAAGGAGAAUUCGAGAGCCUUAGAUCUUAAGAUUGUAAAACACAAAGAACAUUAAUUCGAAUGGAUAAGUUUAAGCUAAAAAUGUGGUUGAUAUUUAUAUGAAGGAUAUGUUUGAGGUCAAGUAUGUCUAGGACAUCAUUUAAAAAAUUAUUCCAAGGCUCUAACAUGAUAAUGAUGGGUUAAUAUUCACUUAAGAUCAAUGUCCCUACUAUCCUGGAACAUGCUAAGAAAUCCUCAAAUGGAAGCCUAAGCAUCUAAAUUCUAUUGACUUCGUUAUAAAAAUGAUAUCUUGCCAUAGAAAUUCUGAGUAUCUCUGGGGCCUAUAUACCUAUACUAAAGAUAAGAUGAAUCCUAACAUCAAAUAAUUGCAACUCUUCGACUUCAUAUUCUUUGAAUACCAUUAAUCUGAUCCUCAUGAUGUUAACGACAAUGAAAGAAUGAGAGCGCUAAUGCAGAGUUAAAUAGGUAAGCCAGUAGUAAUUGAGUGCAGCUGGGACGAAUAUUACAACCAUCCUCAUUAGUUAGUAUGUAAUAAGUUAAAGCAAGAAUUUACUGUUUUGGAUAACCCAAACAUUGAUGCUAUUGCCUAAAACUUCAGAUUUGAUAUACUGUUGAGAGAUUAAGAGAAAAUGAAAUUCAGAGGUGGAUGGAGAUUUUUAAAGCAUAGGUCUGAGAGAGUAGAUCCAAAUGCUACCAAGAGCGCCAAGAGUGUGCUUAAUAGCAUACAUAAUGGACUUGAACAAGAAGAUUUGAUAAUUAUAUGCAAUGAUUCGCAAAAUGAUUUUAAUCGUGGAAGUGAUAUCAAGAGGAAGAGGUCUGAAGAUGAUAAUGCUGAGAAUGUUCGCAAGCAAAUUGAAGUAGAAGAAUAUUGA